AUGACGCCGCUGUCCCCAGCAAAGGAAUCCAGACUCAACGUUACCACGUCCCCUACUGAACAAGAAGGAAACCGCGGUUCCUUUGAGCAACACCGCUACGAGGUCCACUCCCGCACUGAGACAACCGCAAACGGUGGUGAUGGUAGUAGCGAUAACACCACCACUACGACGACGACCACUGCUAUCACCUCUACAAACGACACCGAGAACAUGCCGCCCUCUCCCUCAGAUUCCUCCCCGUCGCCGCCGCCCUCUGCGCCGGCGACGGCACUCAAGAACCAGCGCCACUCUCGUGUAAUGUCUGGCACCGCGCCCUCACCGCUCAAGAUACUCGCCGGUGCCGAGACAACGGAAAAGCAAGCACGGAGCCCGCUGCGCAAGACACUCAUCUCCCCAGACAAACGCUUCCCCAUCAGGGUCAGCAACCCGUCUUCCGUCGAGUCGCCGCGCUCCGUCUCCGUCUCCUCAAACUCUCCACCACGCGAACGCACCAUGAGCCUCGAGGACGCACUGCGCGACAACGACGGCCUGAAGCACGCCAUUGAGAUUUUUGAGGACGACGAGACCACUGGUAUGGAGACGGACGAUAACACCGCCGACGAGACGUCCAGCACCAUCGCCGAGCCCGUCACCGACCACCACACCGACAUGGCCCACGGCUACGAGGACCAGAGCAGCCUGGCCCCUGACGAGACCAUGAUGAGCACCUUCAGCACCUUCUCCGCCGUCCCCAACCUGACCACCUUUGCGAAGCUUGGUCUCACCCCGCAAAAGCAUGGCGGUAUGACCCCGCGAGGCAGACCCGAGACCGUGCACGAGCAGACUCCGCGACACCAACUGGCGCAGGAGGGCAACACCACAAAUCUGCUCGACUUCACCGACAGCCAGAGGUUUCCCCACAAGUCGCCCUCCCGGCGGGGGACCACGUCGCCGUCCAGGGGAAACCCCAACGCCGCCACUCCCGCCCGCCAAAUGUCGAAUCUCCUCGACUUUGAUAUCCCGCCGCUGCCCACCCCCCGCAGCAUCCCGACCAUCACACCGCGUGAGCUCGAGAGCCUCAAGUCCAACUUCCUCUCUGAGAUCAGCAGCCUGAAGGCGUCGCUGAGCGGCAAGGAGGCCGAGGUCCUCUCCCUUAAGACCGCCGUCGGCGAUGCGGAGAAGCGCGUCGGCGAGAGCCAGGAACAGGCCCGUGAAGAGAGGGCGCUGCGUGAGCAGAUCGAAGACGAGAAGGAUGCCUGGGAGAACAGCAGCCGCGAGAUGGAAGCGGUGCUCCGCACCGUGAAGGAGGAGAUCGUAGAGAGCACCCGCGAGCGCGAGGAGCUCGAGUCCAAGCUCGCCGAGUGCGAAGGCCGCCGUGAGGCCGCAGAGACCAUGGCUCAGGAAGCCGAGAGCAAGCUGGCCAGCAUGCGCGCCGGCAAGCCCGAGAAGGAGGGCUCCUCCCCCGACAAGAAGGCGGGCGCGGCCGCGACGUCUAAGGAAGUCGAGAUCGCCGUCGAGCGUGUGGCCCGCGAGCUGCACGCCCUCUACAAGGGAAAGCACGAGACCAAGGUCGCGGCGCUCAAGAAGAGCUACGAGACGCGCUGGGAGAAGAAGGUGCACGAGCUCGAGGUCCGCAUCGAGGAGCUCACCGAGGAGAACAAGAAGAUGCACCUCACCCGCGACAACACCCCGCGCGUGGACCCCGCGCAACAGGCCAUGGUCGAGGAGCUCAAGGCGAACGCCAUCACCGACGCCGCCCACAUCAAGGAGCUCAGCGCCGAGGUCGAGAAGCUCGAGGCCGUCGUGCAGACGGUCAAGGACGACAACGCGGAGCUGCGCCAGAUGCUCGAGCAGGAGCGCGUCGAGAAGGGCGAGCUCGUGCAGCUUGCCGAGGAGAUGAUGCAGGUGCAGACCCACGCCGCGCAGGAGGCCGAGCGGGAGCGCGAACGCGAGAGAGAGCGCCAGCGCGAGCUGGAGUGGGAGCGUGAGCGUGAGGCUGCCCGGGAGCGUGAGAGAGAACGCGAGAGGGAGAGGGAGCGCGAGCGUCAGCGCGAGUUGGAGUUCAACCAACCCCGCAAGACCACCACGACGCCAGCCCGCGCGCCCUCGGUCAGGAGCCACCCCGAGACCUCCAACUUCCGCAGCAGCAUCGGCCGCGGCACCUCAGGCCUCAAGGCGCCCGGUUCCAUCGCUAGCCACGGGCGCACCGGCAGUGCCGGCCCGGCAGCCAAGGGCCUGCCCCGCCCCAGGCCGAUGAGCGAGUUUGGACCGAGGAGCGGCAUCAUGAGCUCCAUUGAAAAGAUGGGCAGCCACCGCGGGCGCGCGGACUAA